CUUCGACAUCCUUUCACCUCAUCUUUUGCAAGGCUUCAAUUUCAUUCAUCCUAAUACUGGGCCUUGCAGUCCUCUCGUUACUCCACAGUCAUUACGAUCCAGCACAUCACUUCGUUGAAUGUAACUCUGAUCAGGGUAUCCUCCAAAGCACCUAAUAUCCCGACCGUAAGUUAUCCCAAUCACUCUGCCUCUCAUGUUCAUUUCUGUUCCAAGCCGGUCGAUUGCUGGAUCAUUGCAUUCGAGUGUAGUACCGCAUCAGCAGGAUCGGGAGAGUGCAAACGCGAUGAUUCACGUCCAUCUCGCCCCGAUUUCCAAAUUCACAUCAACUAUUUCUUCAAUCAUCCCUAACGCGCAUUCAAAAGUAAUUUUCAACCAUGAAGACCUUUACUCUGCUUCUCGGCUUUGCGGCCUCCACUUCUGCCAACAUCAUCUUCAAUCACGUCCCGUUGCAGUGUAACCUCACCAGCGACCAAAUAUACCAUGGCUGUCUUCGAGGACAGAGAUGCACGGAGCGCGGAGAACAGAACCCGGUUUUCUCCACUGACGGAACAUGUGGGCCUAACAACGGUGGCACCAUUUGCAAUCCGGAUAGCACGGUGUAUACUGGACAGUGUUGUUCGCAAUACGGGUGGUGUGGCAAUGAUACUGCAUUCUGUGGCUCAACACCCCAGCACUGCCUCAUCUCAAAUGGAUGCCAGAAUGGCUGCAAUGGGGCGACAACAACAACGACUUCCUCGACUCCUGUAUCGACAGGAACGGCACCUCGAUCUGAUGGCAGAUGCGGAACGGCUUUCGGUGGCGCGACGUGUGAUCCCAAUGGGCCAUAUGGAGGAUGUUGUUCAGAAUAUGGAUUCUGCGGCUCCACUCCUGCACAUUGUCUCGUCUCAAAUGGUUGUCAGAGUGGUUGUACUGAUGGUCAACCAGGUACCUCCACGACCGCUAGCCAAGAACCUGUUAUCGGUCCAGCCACUACAACCAUGGCUCCCGAAACGACCGCAACGGCAGCUGUGACUACUGAUGGCACUUGCGGUUCUUCCAAUAACAACACUGUUUGCGGUAACUGGCCCAAAGGCAACUGCUGCUCCAUGUACGGAUUUUGCGGAAACACGACCGCUCACUGCGGUGCCGGAUGCCAAUCAGGAAAUUGUGUCAGUGCACCAGCUGUUGCAGCUCCAGGUCCCAGCCCAGCGCCACUAGCACCAAACGGAGGCUCUUUCACCAUCGUCGGCCAGUCUGGAGUUCCUGCUAUGCACGCAGGUCUCAUGCCUAACGGAAAGGUUUUCUUUCUUGAUAAGCUCGAGAACUAUACCCAGCUCCGUACUGCUGAUGGAUACUAUGCCAUGUCAUCUGAAUAUGAUCCAAACACUAAUACCGCAGUACCACUAGCCUAUUUGACCAAUGCCUUCUGCUCAGGAGGAACUUUCCUUGCAGAUGGACGUGUUAUCUCUGUCGGCGGAAAUGCCCCACUGACUUGGCUAGAUCCCAACAUUGGCGAUGGCUUCACCGCAAUUCGAUAUCUCCAGAGGUCUUCCUCAGACACCAGUCUCAACGGUCAGAGCUGGAGUGAGCCAGGAAACAAGCUUUCCAGUGCUCGCUGGUAUGCAACUGCUCAAACAAUGCCCGAUGGCACCGUCUUCAUCGCCAGUGGAAGUCUGAAUGGCCUCGAUCCUACAGUCAUGGCAAACAAUAACCCAACAUAUGAAAUCCUAAGUCCAGACGCCGUCACCCAAGGGAACAGCAUUCUCAUGGACAUUUUGCAUAAAAACCAACCUUACUAUAUGUACCCAUUCGUGCACCUGCUCAACAAUGGAAACCUCUUCGUCUUCGUUUCAAAGUCUUCUCAAAUCUUCAACGUCGGUUCAAAUACCAUCAUCAAGGAGCUUCCAGAUCUACCAGGCGACUAUCGUACUUAUCCUAACACCGGCGGAAGUGUUCUACUUCCUCUUUCCAGCGCGAACAAUUGGGCACCUGAUAUUGUGAUUUGCGGUGGAGGUGCGUACCAGGACAUUACCAGCCCAUGCGAUCCCAGCUGUGGUCGCAUUCAACCUCUCAGCGCCAACCCAAGUUGGCAGAUGGACUCAAUGCCCGAAGGACGCGGAAUGGUUGAGGGAACUUUGCUCCCAGAUGGAACCGUCAUUUGGAUGAAUGGUGGCAACAGAGGAGCACAAGGUUUUGAAUUGAUGAGCAAUCCUACUUUGGAGGCUCUUCUGUACGACCCAGCCAAACCACUCGGUCAGAGAUUCACGACGCUUGCCAGCUCAACUAUUCCUCGUCUGUACCAUUCCGUAUGCCUACUUCUUCUCGAUGGAACAAUGUUGAUUGCGGGAUCCAAUCCAAUUCAAAUGCCUAAGCUGGAAGCAGACGCCGUUGACCCAUACCCGACAGAAUUCCGAGUCGAAAAUUACGUCCCUCCCUACCUGCAAGGCGAGAAUGCUAAUCGCCGUCCCACCAAUAUUGGCAUCCCCCAGUCCGUCCAGGCUGACGGGAGCAUAUUUUUCGUGACAUUCAACGUCCCUAGUGGCGCACAGGGAUGUAAGGUUGUACUCUACCACGGCGGGUUCGUUACUCAUUCUGUUCAUAUGGGUCAUCGCAUGCUGGAACUGGACUUUGGUGGUUGGGCAGCUAGCAGUACAUCGCAGACUCUGGUUGUGACGGGCCCACCGAAUCGCAACGUGGCUCCGCCAGGACCAUAUGUGAUUUAUAUUGUCUGUGAUGGUGUGCCAGGAAUCGGACAGUUCGUCCAGGUUGCAUGAAGACAGCAGCAGAUAGGAAAUCGUGUGGUGGUGGUUUCCUGCACGUCAUUAGCGUUCGUUGGAGGUCGCACAAGCAAAGAAAAGCUUAGCAGGAUGCAGAUAACGAAUUCAACCGUUGCUUUCAAUUAUCUUCAUUGAGUCUAUCCACGUUGUGUGAUCACGUCUAAUAGAUGCUCAAGUUAUAUAUAUUUGUCUCUCUGUGGUGUGGCCGCCAUUUCAUUUGUUCUGAGUACGGCGCACCUCGGUGGCGCCAGUACAAGGCCUCGACCGCGACCCCGCCAAGUGGGCCAGUUUCCCUCGCGCGGCGGCACCACAUUCCAUCCAUUGUUGAUAGAAGCUCCAACAUCAAAAAAGAAUACGAGAUACCCGCCGG